UUGAAUGGCCGGUGUUAGCACAGAGUCUGCGCUGCACCGCAGGUUUAAGAAUCAUUUAUGCCAAACUAUGAAUGGACUUUGAAGCAGCAGUAAACCCUCGGUCAGCCUGUAAAGCAGCUGGAUUAGCUCGCUGCUGUUUUAUUUCGCAGCGGGUCCUCACAGAGACAGCAGAGCGCGCACAAACAAGCAGAGGGGAGGGGGAGCUGCUGCCUUUGCGGAAGCCAGCGGAGAGCCGAGGCGGCGCUAAAUCAAAUUACCAUACUAACUAGUUCUCUGUGCGCCGAUGUGAGGGGAGCAGGCUGAAGAAAAGCCUCCGUUUUUAAAGUCAAGACACCUACGAGUCCGGCCUCAUUUUGUUGGGAUCUUCCUGCCGUCCGCCUGCAGAGGAGAUGGGGGACAAGGCGGGCACCAGAGUUUUCAAGAAGUCGAGCCCCAACUGUAAGUUGACAGUUUACUUGGGAAAGCGAGACUUUGUGGACCACCUGGACCACGUGGACCCAGUCGAUGGCGUGAUCCUGGUUGACCCAGAGUACCUGAAGGACAGGAAAGUCUUCGUCACGCUGACCUGUGCAUUUCGAUAUGGACGCGAGGACCUGGACGUGCUCGGUCUAUCCUUCCGGAAGGAUCUCUACAUCUCCACCUUCCAGGCCUUCCCUCCGGUGCCCGAGGAGCGGAAACCCAACAGCCGGCUGCAGGAGAGGCUGCUGAAGAAGCUCGGCCAGCACGCGCACCCUUUCUACUUCACCAUUCCUCAGAAUCUCCCCUGUUCAGUCACUCUACAGCCCGGACCCGAGGACACCGGCAAGGCCUGUGGUGUUGACUUUGAGAUCAGAGCUUUCUGUGCCAAGUCAAUGGAAGAGAAGAUUCACAAGAGGAACUCGGUGCGUCUGGUGAUCAGGAAGGUUCAGUACGCUCCGGAGAAGCCUGGUCCUCAGCCGAUGGUGGAGACCACCCGCAGCUUCCUGAUGUCCGACAGGUCCCUGCACCUGGAGGCCUCUCUGGACAAAGAGCUGUAUUAUCACGGUGAGCCCAUCAGCGUCAACGUCCACGUCACCAACAACUCCACCAAGACCGUCAAGAGGGUGAAGAUCUCCGUGCGUCAGUACGCAGACAUCUGCCUGUUCAGCACUGCCCAGUAUAAAUGUCCAGUGGCUCAGCUGGAGGCAGACGACCAGGUGUCGUCCAGCUCCACCUUCUGCAAGGUGUACACUCUGACCCCGACACUGGACAAGAACAGAGAGAAGAGAGGACUCGCUCUGGACGGGAAGCUCAAACAUGAAGACACCAACCUGGCCUCAUCCACCAUUGUGAAGGACGUCACCAACAAGGAGGUCCUGGGGAUCCUGGUGUCCUAUAGAGUCAAAGUCAAGCUGGUGGUGUCCCGUGGAGGGCUGCUGCGAGGCUUAUUGGAGAGGGACGUGUCGGUGGAGCUGCCCUUCAUCUUAAUGCAUCCUAAACCUCCAGAGCCGCCGGCGUCCCGCCCGCAGUCAGCUGUGCCAGAAACGGACCCGCCCAUCGACACCAAUUUGAUAGAGUUUGACACAAACAGCAUCUCGCAGGACGAUGACUUCGUGUUCGAGGACUUCGCCCGCCUGCGGCUCAAAGGUGUCGUGGACGACAAGGACGAGGACUGCUAGGAGCUGGCCAACCCCUUCAUAUGCUCGCUUCAAAACCACAACACACACACACACACACACACACACACACACACACACACACACACACACACACACACAAUGUUCACAUUCCCCGGGGAUGGAUGAGGGCAUAUUUGGACGGAGGCCUCGGAGGGGCUUGGUGGUGUUCUUCCUCUCUUGCUUCAGCCAUUCGUCACGCCACCUCUGCCAUUUUUGCUGCCGUCUUCUCCAUCUGUUGUCUCUCGUUUCUCUUUUUUGCUAGAAAUUCUAAAUGUUAAGCAGCUGCAGAACAGAUGUUGGCGCUGUGGAUAGGAACCUCUGCUGCUUGUCGUAGGCGGGGCUUUGAGAUAGAAAGCAGGAAGCUAAAGAAUCAGCAGCGUUCGUCCGCUUUGUUUUUGAAUGUUUCCCGACGAUCACCGUCCUGUACAAACAGAAUAUAUAUUUGAAAAAAAAAAAAAAAUUGUUCGGUGGUGAUCGCCGCUUUUCUUCGAGUAAAUCCUGUAGAUAGUUUUUCUCGCGGUGGCUGCAGCGAGAGGAAACAGACGCACACAAACACACACACACUCAGAGAAGUCUUACAAGCGACUGAAGUUCGAUUUCACCAGCAUCCGCUCUCCUCCUGCUCCAACUGUUGUCCAUGUUCAGAAACAUUCACCAUGUUCUGUCGGCUUUUUUUAAUUAUUAAAAAAAAACAUUCCAGUGCUGACACUUCAUUUAAAUCCCAGAGAUCAUUUUGCAAUCCUGUUUUUUAAGAAAUUACACGAAAAGACGACAACCAAAACUUUAUUCACCCUCUCCCUAAGUGGAGCUAAUUGAACUCUUUAUUUUGGUUUGGAUUUAAUCCAAACUGUGUUAAACCUCAACAAUAAGCUGGCAGUUGUCUGAAUACUGUUGGUGGUUAAGAGAAUGAAGACGUGUAAUUGCACCAAUGUGACAGCGAACAAAUUGAAGCUAAAAACAAAGCAUAUAAAUCUGAGAUGUUACAGAGGGCCUGAUCACUGAGAGUCACGAUUCUUAAUUUGUAUCCUUGGUGGUUUUAUUUUUCUCUUAUGGAACUAAAGAACACUCUAGAGUUUAGUCACACUGGAAUCUUUUUUCCAUUGAACUUUGGACUGGAUUUGGACGUCGAGUCACUGGAUAGGUUUUUGACCUUUCUCUGAUCUGUUUCUGUUUAUUUCACUUCCAGAUUUACAGUUAAAGUCAACAAAACUGAUGCUAAAGUCUGUUUCUCCUGUUGCUUGUUAAAAUAGAAACGGUCUGAGACUCAGUGCGGCCGGUUUAACUCGCCGUUGUCAGCUCGUUGAAGGGAAACUCUGGUGCUUGUUGUUUGGUUUGUUGUCUUCACUCACCGGUCCAAACUCACUUUGAACAAGCAUUUAGAUGAAGUUAGUUUGAAGCUUCACCUCAGAGUUAAGUCAUCACAGGAAGCUGUGCUGUGCCUUGAGGGUUUCACUGUUGCCAACACGAUGAUCUCUGAACCUUAGUGGCUGACAAGAACUGUCAGCUUUUUUAAAAAUGAAAAAUUGUUGGUUAAAACGUUUGGGCAAACUUGGGAUGUUUCAGUUUAGAAACACUGCGUGGUGUUAUUUUUCUCUAAUUAAGUUACUGUAAGUUCAAUGUAGGUCUUACAUUUCAGUUUCAGGGGAUAAACCAUUAAAUAAUUUUCUAGUAAAUAUAACUUUAAAAUUAAUAUUAAACUUUUUUUAAUAAAAUAAAACAACCACAUAUUCUUAUAAUUUCGAAUCCAUGCCUUUUUGACUCAAAUUUAAUCCUUAAGAGCUUUUCUUUAUUUUAUUGUGUAGAUUGCAAAGCUACAUUUUAAAUUAAUGUUGUCACAGUUUUCUUUUCUGGAAUUAUUUCCAGUCUGGUAACAAAUAUUUCUGUGGCCUUUACUGUUGUUUAGUUUGUACUGUGACGAUAAAAUAUUUGGGGGUUUGCCUGGGAUUCGGCAGUAUCACAGUUAUUUCUACACCAUCAAACACAGAUUACUUAAACCCCACUAUUGUUUUGUUUGACACAUUGAAAGAUGCUGAUGACAGUGAACAGAUUUCCUCACUUUAAUGUUGACCUGUUCAAAUUUGACUUCCUGUUCAUGUUCAUAUUAAACAUGGUUGACGUGAAUGAUCCGUAAUCCUGCAGCCAAAUGCUCUGUUUUUUUUGUUUUUCCUACUCAAUCUGUAUGAUGUCACGCGGAGCAGAUGUCCCUAAUAUGGUCAUCUCAGGACACAGAAACCAUCUCAUGUUCAGAACAGAGGCAGCCAAUCAGAAGAAAGUUGUCUUAAAGUGGAAGUGAGAGCUCAGUACAAGAUGAGGAUUAUUUAGAGCUGUGAAUCACGCAAAGCUGCUCUGCUAGAUUCUCAUAGAGUCCAAGAAUAAAACUGCAGAGCUGGUAAUGAGCAGUAUUGAUUCGCUUUUAAAUGUUUUUCACACCUUUAUUCUAUGUAUGUGGCCUUUUUUUUUUUUUUUUUUUUUUUCUUAGAAACAAAACGUAAUGAUCUAAAAAUGAAGCGAUAAAGCUUUUUUUUUUUUUUUUUUUUUUUUUUUUUUUUUCUUUUGAAGGUUGAUGCCAAAGGAAAUUUAUAAACUUGAGAAGCUGAAGUUGUUUAAAAUAGUCCAAAAUGAACCAAAGCAUCAGCACAAACACAAAAAAAGACCACUAGGCAGUCGUGUUGAAGAGAAAUGAACUGAAACUAAAGGCAGCGCUGUGCUGUGUAGUACCACGAGAUAGUGCUGUGAGUCUUUGCUGGACCUCUAUUUCAAAUCUGGUCCAGAGUUAGGAUUUAGGUGUUUUGGCGAGUACCCGGUCUGUGUGAUGCUUGCCAUAAUGUCUACAAAACGGGAAGUGAUUUCUGCUGGUGGGACGGAUACCAAGGAGCAGUUUAAAGUAGCUGCACAUUGACUCUCUGCUUCAUCUUGUGGUCCAAAGUGCAGCCAUGCUGCUCUUCUUCACGUUCUUUUGAAACUUUAGCUCAUUUUGGAAGGUUUUAAACAGUUUUUGUAGCACAUUUACUUACAGGAAGUAGCUUUUAGGUGCCAUGAGAAAAGUGACAGCCAAAAUGAACAGCACCAGCGUUUCCAUUCUAAAUCGACCUAACCAACAUCCCGCCUCGCCCUCUCAAGACCAUCAACCCAUUUAAGAGAUCUCUUUUCUUUCCUCCAUCCAAACUCGGACACGAUGUGAAGGACUUCAGGGUUUAGAUGCCAGCUUUCCGAAUCUGUUGCUUUUAUUCUAGGCUUUAUUAUCGUUAUUAUUAAUAUUAUUUUGUUAAUGAUUUUUGGCCCCAAAUCCCCGUACAGAUCAACAUUUCAGAUGAACACGAGCACUGCACUUUCAUUGGCCGAAAACCCCGCAGAACUGCAGACAUUUUAUUUCAGAAGACGAAGAAGAAUGUUAACAUUUAUUUUUCCCUAAAAUUUUUUGUCGGGGUUUCACGACUUGAACUUUCUGUUUUGUUCAAUUUUAAAACUGCCAAAUUUCCCUCCUUCCUUCCUUCACUCAGUCAAACGUUACAGCUGCGAACCUAAAAGAAGACUUCGAUGAAGAAGCCGACUCGGAGCAUGAUUUGAAUUCCUUUGUUUGAAAUUUUGUUUCCAAGCAGUGCUGUGAAUCGUACGAGCUGUGAUUCUGUCCUUAUUUUGUCGUGCAUAUGUGGGGUAACUUUGCUAAGUGUGAAAAUAUUUUGACAAGUGCCACGCCCCGGCCUGUGCGAUGCUUACCAUAAUGUCUAUAAAACAGGAAGUGAUUUCUGCUGGUGGAACGGACACCAGAACAGAUCUAUGAUUAUUAUGCUUCAGAUCAUUAUUAUUAUUAUUAUUAUUAUUAUGGUGACUUCUUAUUAUUCUACUGUAUCAUCAUUGCGACCAUGAUUAUUCUCAUAAUCAUUUAAGAGUCUAUUGUUUCGCCAUGUAUUUUUUAUGUUGAGAUUUUUAUUUUAGUUUUCUUUUUAUUAAAGGUAAAAAGAACUAACAGA